AUGGUGUUCACAUUCAAUUCGGGAGAUAGGUCCACGCCCCCUGAAGUUUUCAACAAGAAACUAUUCUUAGUUGUCGUUGUUGCAACCUGUGGUUCGACCAUUUUUGGUUACGAUCUCGCCUUCAUCAGUGGUGUCUUUUCGCUGCCCGCCUUUAUCGACCGGUUCGACCUGGCGAAUCAAAAUGCCUAUGCUAUUCAAGCGCACAUGGGUAGCGCCUUCUUCGGGGCGAUGGUGGUCUACUUUGUGAACGAACGCUGGGGACGACGCUUCGCUCUGCUGUGGGCAUCCUUCAUCUUCAAUGUUGGAGUAGUAUUGUGCAUGGCCUGUCGGGGAAACAUCCCCGUCUUCUACGUCGGCCGCAUCGCCAGUGGACUGGGCGUCGGGGCUUCUAUAUUCGUGAUACCGCAGUAUUUGUCCGAGUGCGCACCUCCUACUGCCCGAGGUGGAAUUGUUGGCUGCCUAUGGUUUCGACUCCAUUCGAUAUGGCUUAUAUUAACUCUCUGCAAUAGUUCGAGAUUGGUACCCAAAUUGGUACCAUCACUAGAUUUUGGAUCAACUAUGGAGUUCAACAGACGGUCGCGGCAGAUGGAGUUAGAGACAGACCUGGCACCAACCGACAGUCUAUGGGGUAUAAUGGAAGAGUCAUUCACUCCGCGAAUGCUCCCGCGGGUAGUCCAUGGAUGUCUACUCAUGAUUCUUCAGAAUAGCACAUGUAUCAACGCGAUGAAUAAUUUCUCUGUCACUUUCUUCAAUGUGCUCGGGUUUCAUGGAACGUCCGCUAAGCUUCUAUCUACUGGUCUUUACGGAAUUGUCAAAGUCGUUGCGGCUACCAUCACAUUUCUCUUCCUCAUCGACCGCUUCGGACGGCGUCUACUUUUUGCAGGCUCGUCCGUCAGCUGGAACAUCCCUUGGAUUAUCGCUGCGGUGAUUUUCCCGACUCGGAUUCUAUCGUUCUGUCUUGUUCUCACUACUUGUCCUCAGUGGCUGGGAGAAUUCUACACCUCAUACGCCGUCACGUAUAUGUUCGCCAGCAUUACCUACGGCACAUUUAUUUUCUUCGGCACAAUGACAGUAAUUGGUGGGAUCUAUGUCUACUUACUAGUGCCCAAGACCAAAGGUGUUGCAUUGGAAGAUAUGGAUUAUCUCUUUGGCGGGAAAGGUUUGGCCCUGCAGAAGAUGAGGCGGUUUAGGGAUCGUCAGAUGGAGGCAGAGGUUCUUGAAGGAAGAAGCGCGACUCCGACCGAGGAAGAAUUAGCAGAAAAAGAAAUCUCGGUCUCUUACCUAGUCAACCCCUGGAUAAGGAAACACCCUUGGAUCUUCAGAACAUUGGAUCUUCUCAAAAUUGGAAAUCAGUCUCGCCCGGAAAUGUUCGCGCUCAAUGUACUACGACCUAGUCUACUCUACAGCAAGGUUGUCGAAGUAGAUGAGCGGGUCACUCUGCAUGAGUCAACUUCCUAUCGACGAGAGGCAAAUGACGGCAAAAUUAUUACAAAUGGCAAUGCCGAACACAAGGAUGCUGAUGUUGUCACUGGCGUCUCUGGAGAAAAGGUCAGAAUUAUUCAGAAACUCGACACUACGACCGUUGCGGAGACGUUGCAACAAGUAUACGAUCAAGGUUUCCGCAGCGUAGCCAUCUGUCUCCUUCACUCCUACACCUUCCCUGACCACGAGAUGGUCAUCGCAUCAGAGGCAGAGAGAAUUGGUUUUACUCAAAUCUCAACCUCAUGCCGUAUUUCUCCCGCCAUUCGCAUGCUAUCUCGGGCCAGCUCGGCGGUGACCGACGCGUACCUCACCCCUCAAAUCCGAGAUUAUCUUAAAGGAUUCGAAUCCGGAGUCAAAUCGGAAAGUCUUGCUGCGGUCAACUGGCGUAUCAUGCAGUCAGACGGGGGUUUGGUACAUCCUUCUAAGCUCUCCGGUCUCCAUGCGCUCUUGUCAGGCCCAGCCGGAGGGGUAGUUGGCUAUGCACGUACUUGCUUCUCACCCGAAAUUCCAGUGCCGGUGAUCGGUUUCGAUAUGGGGGGAACAUCAACAGAUGUAUCAAGAUAUGCAGGAUCUCUGGAGCAUGUCUUUGAAACUGUCACUGCGAGCAUUCCCAUUCAAGUGCCACAGUUGGAUAUUAAUACCGUUGCUGCCGGAGGAGGAAAUAUUCUCUCGUGGCGUAAGGGAAUCCUCACCGUGGGUCCUGACAGCGCAGGAUCUCAUCCUGGGCCUGCCUGUUAUCGCAAAGGAAGGCCCGCAACCGUCACCGAUGCGAACCUCAUACUUGGUCAGAUCAUCCCGAGCUUCUUUCCGUCGAUAUUUGGACCGGAACAAAAUCAGCCACUGGUCUACCAUGCAAGUUAUCAGAAGAUGAAAACUCUUGGCCAUGAGAUAAACACUGAUCAAGCCUCAAAUCUGUCGGUUGAAGAAGUGGCGCAAGGGUUCAUCACCGUUGCCAACGAAGCCAUGUGCCGACCAAUUCGUGCAAUUACAGAAGCCCGAGGGUAUCGCACUGGCGAGCACAAUCUCGCGUAUUUCGGCGGCGCUGGAGGACAGCACGCCUAUGAAAUUGCGAAGCAGCUUGGUAUUUCCCGAGUUCUUAUUCAUAAGUAUUCUGCGAUCUUAUCGGGAUACGGGAUGGCACUCGCCAAUACUGUUCAGGAAGCACAUCUCCCUUAUUCCAAGGAUCUGCCGGACACCGAGAUCCUGAACUUGAAACCUGUCCUGGAUGGGCUGCGUCAAGAGACUAUCAAAUCCAUUAUCGACAUGGAUCCAACAUGUAACAAAACCCGAUCAAUCUACUUUUUGAAUCUUCGAUAUGAUGGGAGUGACACAUCUCUUAUGAUUGAAAAGCCGGAAGAGAGUUGGAAUUUCCGGUCUGCGUUCAUCGCUCAUCACCAACGGGAAUUUGGCUUCACGCCGAAUAAUCGAGGCAUUUUGAUCGACGACAUCCGUGUCCGCACGGUCGCAGAUUCUGGAAAUUACGUUACAGGGGGAAUCUGGGAACUCGACGGCCUUUCUUUCCACGCUAACGAGCAUCCUGUCGGGCACACUCCAGUUAGCUUCCCAGAGCUCGACAUUAUCAAAGUGCCGCUAUACUCUUUGCUAGAACUGCGCGCAGAAGACAGUCUCAAAGGCACGGCUGUGGUCAUUGACAAUAUUCAGACUAUUGUUGUCUCCCCUGGAGCGGAGGUCAAAGUGCUCUCAUCGAUGUUAGUUAUUGACCUGGCCCCUCCCUCAACGCCCUCUACGUAUGAGAUUGUCGAUCCCAUCAGGCUAUCGGUAUUUGCAAUUCGCUUCAUGGGAAUUGCGGAGCAGAUGGGAAGAUCCCUGCAGAAGACCAGUGUCAGCACGAACAUUAAAGAACGGCUUGAUUUUAGCUGCGCGAUCUUUUCAGCAGACGGAGGAUUAGUGGCCAACGCACCUCAUGUGCCCGCUAUGCUGGGAAGUAUGGCCUUUGCCGUGAAAUGGCAAAUUCAACAUUGGGGUUCCAGGAUCAAUAAUGGGGACGUGUUUUUGACGAACUCACCGAACGCGGGAGGUACUCAUCUUCCAGAUUUAACGGUUAUCACUCCAAUUUUCGAUGACGAGGGAAAGAAGAUCCUGUUCUGA